AUGUCGCAAGAGCUGGUUCCCUCCCAAGGGGGCAGAGAACAGACCUGCAGAAGCAGAAAGGAGGAAGUGGAGCUGGCCUGGAUUAGCUCCGAACGCAGGAAAGAGAAGUCGAGGGAUGCGGCGCGGUGCCGGAGGAGCAAGGAGUCGGAGGUGUUCUACGAGCUGGCUCACCAGCUGCCCCUGCCCCACACGGUGAGCGCGCACCUGGACAAGGCGUCCAUCAUGAGGCUGACCAUCAGCUACCUGCGCAUGAGGAAGCUGCUGGAUGCUGGUGAGCUGGAGACAGAAGCCAAAAUGGAGAAGGAACUGAACUGUUUCUACUUGAAAGCUCUUGAUGGCUUUGUCAUGGUUCUGUCUGAAGAUGGGGACAUGAUUUACAUGUCUGAAAAUGUGAACAAGUGUAUGGGACUCACUCAGUUUGAGUUGACGGGGCACAGUGUAUUUGAUUUCACUCAUCCAUGUGACCACGAGGAGCUGAGAGAAAUGCUUACACACAGAAAUGGUCCUGUGAAAAAGGGCAAAGAGCAGAACACGGAGCGCAGCUUUUUUCUCAGAAUGAAGUGUACACUGACUAGCAGGGGAAGAACAGUGAAUAUAAAGUCUGCUACAUGGAAGGUGCUGCACUGCACUGGCCACAUCCGUGUGUACGACACGUGUGGGAACCAGACUCACUGUGGAUACAAAAAGCCUCCCAUGACCUGCCUGGUGUUGAUCUGUGAACCCAUUCCUCACCCAUCAAACAUUGAGGUCCCCCUGGACAGUAAAACCUUCCUCAGUCGUCACAGUCUUGAUAUGAAAUUUUCCUAUUGUGAUGAAAGAAUUACGGAGUUGAUGGGCUACGAGCCAGAGGAGCUCCUGGGUCGCUCGAUCUAUGAAUACUAUCACGCACUGGAUUCUGAUCAUCUGACCAAAACACACCACGACAUGUUCACAAAAGGACAGGUGACAACAGGACAGUACAGAAUGCUGGCCAAACAAGGUGGCUAUGUCUGGGUUGAAACUCAAGCAACUGUAAUAUACAACACUAAGAAUUCCCAGCCACAGUGCAUAGUGUGUGUGAACUAUGUGUUGAGUGGAAUUGUUCAGAAGGACUUAAUUUUUUCCCUUGGACAAACUGAGUGUAUGCUGAAACCAGUGGACUCUCCUGACAUGAAAAUGACCAAAAUAUUCAGUAAAGAUGACCUGGAUGAUACCAACAGCCUAUUUGAAAAACUUAAACAGGAACCAGAUGCUUUAACUGUGCUGGCCCCAGCUGCUGGAGACACAAUUAUCUCUCUAGAUUUCAGCAGUAAUGAGUCUGAUGAACAACAAUGUGAUGAAGUUCCUUUGUAUAACGAUGUAAUGCUCCCCUCAUCCAGUGAGAAAUUGCAGAAUAUAAAUAUGGCAAUGUCCCCACUACCUGCCUCUGAAACUACAAAGCCACUUCGUAGCAAUGCUGAUCCUGCACUCAAUAGAGAAGUUGUAUCAAAGCUGGAGCCAAACACAGAGCCACUCGAACUUUCUUUUACCAUGCCUCAGGUGCAGGAGCAACCAACCAGCCCUUCUGAUGCAAGUACCAGCCAAAGUUCACCUGAGCCCAGUAGUCCCAAUGACUACUGCUUUGAUGUGGAUAAUGAUAUGGCCAGUGAAUUCAAACUGGAAUUGGUGGAGAAACUCUUUGCCAUAGAUACAGAAGCAAAAAAUCCAUUCUCUACUCAGGAAACCGACUUAGAUUUAGAGAUGUUGGCUCCUUACAUCCCGAUGGAUGACGACUUCCAGCUGCGCUCCUUCGACCAGCUGUCCCCGCUGGAAAGCAGCUCGUCCGGCUCCCCGAGCGCAGGCAGCAUCACCAUGUUCCAGCAGAGCCCGCCGGCGGCGGGCCGGGCGGAGGAGGCCAAGGCGGCGGAGCGCGCCGACGAUGCCAAGGCGGUGGCCGUCCCCUCCUCGCCCGCGCGCGCGGCGCCCGAGCCCGGCGGCGCCCCCGCCUCGCCCUACGGGGGGAGCAGCAGCCCAACCGCCUCUCCCAUCAGGGCAGGCAAAGGAGCGGUGGAUCAGGUGGAAAAGCCUUCUCCAGGAGCGCCCAGCUUGCUAACAGUCACUCUGAAUAAAAGAUCUACUGCACUGGAUGAAGAACUAAAUCCAAAGAUGCUAGCUUUGCAUAAUGCUCAGAGAAAACGAAAAAUGGAACAUGAUGGUUCACUUUUUCAGGCAGUUGGAAUUGGGUCUUUAUUCCAGCAGACAGGUGACAGUGGAGGAAAUGCAUCACUUGCUUGGAAACGUGUAAAGGGAUGCAAAACAAAUGGUCACGGUGGAGUGGAGCAAAAGACAAUCAUUCUACUAUCAACUGACAUAGCAAGUAAACUUCUAGGGCAGUCGAUGGAUGAGAGUGGACUCCCCCAACUCACGAGUUACGACUGCGAAGUAAACGCUCCCAUACAAGGCAACAGAAACCUGCUACAGGGGGAAGAACUGCUCAGAGCUCUGGAUCAAGUUAACUGAGCUUUCACAAAACUUGCUCUUUUUUGGACACUGGUGAAUCAUCACCUAAAGCAGUCUAUUUAUAUUUUCUAUAUCUGAUUUUAGAAGCCUGGCUACAGUACUGCACUAAUUCAGUUAGUUCAGUUUUGAUCCCCUUUCUACUUAUUUUGACAGUCUUUUUAAUAUGUUCUUUAUGUAACAAUAACUCAAACUCUAGUGCAUUUUUAUAAUUCUUUGGUACAUACACUUUUAAGUCCAUUACAUUUAAAACACACUUGCAAUAGCAGCUUUGAAAUAUGCACCUGAUUAAAAAAAAGUAUUUAUUUUUUGGCUGGGGAGUUGGUCACCAAAACUUAUCAUUAGUAAAAUGUCAACAUAGGAAAAACUGGCAAUACUUCCAUCCUGCUUUUCAUAGGUAGUUGGAAGACUUGUGCUCUCUUACUCUUUAUGUUGAAGUAAGUUUUUUAUGUUAAUAGUUUUUAUAAGAAACAACAAUGCUUUGCAGCGGUGCAUUGUAGCCACAAUCGCACAAUAUAUUUUCUUAAAAAAAUACCAGCAGUUCCUCAUGCAAUAUAUUCUGCAUUUAUAAAAAUUAGUUUUUACGAAAAAUCUUUUGUUUGCCUAUGAAAACAUGUUUAAACCUGGAUUAUGUCAUUAUUUUAGUCACAUUGUAAUAUAAAUUGUUCUUAAAUGCUGUCUUAUGCUUUUGACUUCAGUGGGUGUGGUUAGUCAAAGGAAAGGCUUUAUCUGGAAAGGGCUAGCAGCAUUUUCUUUUGAUACAUUCUCAAUUUAGAGAAAGUUUGAUGUUCCUAAAGUAGUCACUUUGCCAGCUUAAAAAAAAAAUCCCUGCCUGUAGUUGUUGAAGUUAAUGCUAAUAUUGUGUAUGAUCUUAAAUCUAAAUGUUCAGCUUACCCUGUGUGGUAUAGGUGAUAUUUCAAGCAGAUUGUAAAACAUCUUGCAUUGUUAGCAAACUUUUAUCUAGUACAUCAUUGAGUUGCUCAAUAUUUUGAUGUUUUGGUUUUAUGCACCUUGUUGCUAUUAACAUCCAUAUGUUUUCAUGUAGAUUUCAAUAACUUGAAUAUAUUUAGAAGCCUUUUUAUUUAGAAAUAUAUAGUUGUCACAAACAUCUUAUUUUCCUAUAUGUACUGUACAAAACCUUCAUUCACUCAUCCUUUUUGCUCUUUGUGGUUGGAUCUAACACUAACUGUAUUGUUUUCUUACAUCAAUAAACUAUAUGUGGACCAGGCCCCUUUGGGGAGUGUGUUAUCUGAGAGAAAUGAGAUAAUUUAUAUUUUUGUUAGUGGUUAUUGUUCAUCCGUGUUCCCUUUUUAACUUAGAGUUGAUUGGAAAUCACUGCUUCCUUAUUUUGAUUGUACCAUCUCUGGGUUAUUAUUUGAGCCUGUUCAGUACUGAAGUCUCCCAGACAGUGUUGUACUACCACUCGCCAAAGACGUUACACUUCUCAACCUGUAAUCACACCAGUGAGCAAACCUGGCAGCCAGGAGACAGCAUUCUUGUUUUGCUUUAGAGCAGAAAGAAUUCAUCUUUAUGAACAGCCUAAAGGCUUGUCUCUGGAAGCUUUAUCAAGGUAACACAGGAAAGCAGGAAAAGGUAAAAUUCACAGGAGUGAUUGAUCUGAGAUGGAUUUCUAUCACAAAACUCCAUGAUUAAAAAAUUAAGCUGGUACUUGAUGAAACUUGUUCCACACUUUUGUGCUAUUGACCCAGUGACUUUCCUUAUUUUACUGUCAUAAAACACAAUGCUACUGGUAACCCUGUGUUGUGUAACUAUGGUCAAGAUAUUCUGUGCAUUCUCCAAAUUAUUUUUAAAAAACUUGUCUCAAUAUAAGUAAUCAAUCACAGGAGUUACUUUGGUUUCAUGUCGUAAACUUUUUGGUUUCAUUGCACUGUUUUGAAAUCAACGUCAUAGUACAUAAGCCUAACCUGUUCUCUUAAAUUUCUGUUUCACUGAAAGGAGCACUUUCCAAACUAAAGGACACUAUUAACAAAAAAUGAUAAGGCACUGGCAGCAGAAGGUAAUUGCACACUUGUAAAAGUUUUGAGCAGAAGUUGCACAGAGAGGCGAAGGUAUGUUGGGAAAAUCAGCUGAAGCUUCAGGCAGAGAACAUUUUCACUAGUGAAUGUUUUUAAUGCAUUUUUAAUGGCUAAAAGCAGCAAAGCUCCUCCCUGCCUGCUGUGUCUGGGCUGGCAUUCUUUCUAUGGCAUUUCUUUCUCUGUCAGCAGUUAGGAGGUUUAAACAGUGAAGUUGGGUUAGGCCCCUGCUGUUUAGAGCAUCUGUCCUGCUUUAGCUCUGCAUGGGUUGAUGUGGUGCUUCUGUGAGAGUCUUGCAGGCAGGUGGAAAGUGCAGCUGGGUUCUGCUUUUGUACAGCCCCACCAAGCUUUGGGCUGGCCUGGGGUGGGUUAUCCCUUAGCACCCCCAAGAGACAGGUCACAGUGUUCUGCUGCUCUCUUGGCCGUGUUUUGGAGGAGCCUGACCUGUUUGGAUCUGUCAGAUCCUCUUCAGUGCACUAAGAGGCAGAAAGUUUUCAGACUAAAAUCAGACUUAAAAAGAAUAGGUAAACUGAAGUCACCAAUAUGAUUUAUGGUCAUGAGGCUGCUGGAGUCAGAGAAUACCUUGGGUUGGAAGGGACUUCAAAGAUCAUCUUGUUCCCACACCCCUCUCCAUUCCAUGAGAUCAAGUUGUUCAGAGCCCCAUCCAUGUGUCCUUGAUCAUCUCCGAUCUUAGUGACAGCAGCUGUGGAUUUAACUGAGCCAUGUUUCAGCUAAAAAUCUCAGUUCUAACAUUAUUUACUAUGCAUAGUAAUAAUAUUUUGAUUACUGUGAUGAACUGCAGUCAUUGUAUUGGUUUACUGUAGGGGAAAAUAUAACCAAACCCCCCCCAAGCCUCCUGGAGCCACUGAACAAGGCACAGAAAAGGAACAGUAAUGGCUCUGGCAUUGUAAGAGCUUUGCUAAAUGUAGAUGCCAGUUUGCAAAACCUAGAAGUACACCUUUCAGUUGCUUUUUUAAAAAUUUGUUUUACUAAUUUUUUUCCCUGUUCAACGUUUUUUUUUUUUUUUGGGGUCUCUUUAGACUCCAGGAACACACAGUCUGAUUCUAGAGCUAAUUUGGAGUACAAACUUCUAGAGCAAAUAGCUUUCUAAGUGUUUUCUUGGUGAUUUUGCAUACUUUCUUUGCCGACUUUCUGCCUUUUUAAAAUGUUGAGGCACCAUAUUAGAAAUGAUGAGGAAAUUAAUGACUGUGAGGGUGGUAAGACAUUGGAACAGGUUUCCCAGAACAGCUGCGGAUAACCCAGCCCUGGAAGUGUCCAAG